UGAAACUAGGGCUAGCAUGCUAUAAACAGCCGCUUCCGCUUCACAUAAAACGCUUCCGCUAUCCUCCCAGCUGCAAAGUGUGAGGGAGAGCGAUCAAGAAACAGGGAGAUGGUGUCGUUGAAGCUCCAAAAGCGGCUUUCCGCUAGCGUUCUGAAGUGUGGGAAAGGCAAGGUUUGGCUUGAUCCAAAUGAAGUCAACGAAAUCUCCAUGGCUAACUCUCGCCAAAACAUUAGGAAGUUGGUAAAGGAUGGUUUCAUCAUCAGGAAGCCAACAAAGAUUCACUCUCGAUCUCGUGCCCGUCGCAUGAAGGAAGCCAAGAGAAAGGGAAGGCACUCUGGAUAUGGUAAGCGCAAGGGUACAAGGGAGGCUAGGUUGCCAACUAAAGUUCUCUGGAUGAGGAGAAUGCGUGUCCUCAGGCGUCUGCUUCGUAAGUACAGGGAGUCAAAGAAGAUUGACAAGCACAUGUACCAUGACAUGUACAUGAAGGUGAAGGGUAAUGUCUUCAAGAACAAGAGAGUUCUUAUGGAGAGCAUUCACAAGUCAAAGGCUGAAAAGGCUAGAGAGAAGACUUUGUCUGACCAGUUUGAGGCUAAGAGGGCAAAGAACAAGGCAAGCAGAGAAAGGAAAUUUGCUAGGAGGGAGGAACGUUUGGCCCAGGGACCUGGCGCAGAAAAACCAGUAGUUGCACCACCCCCCGCCGCCGCCGCACCUCAACCAGCCCAGGGAUCAAAGAAAUCCAAGAAGUGAGAACCUAAUUAAAGAUCUCCAAGGAUUUGUGACUUUAGAUCAUCAAUGUGUCCUUGGUGUUAGUUUUGUUCAUGUAUUUUUCUGUUGCUGGGACCUCGUUACUUUAUAUCGUAGAUGGAUGAUGAACAUAUUUUUGCACUUAACAACCUGUUUUUAAUUAUUGUUCCUUGAUAAAAUUCCAAUUUCUUGGGAGUUUUUUCUGGA